AGUAAAGGGGGUCUCGGAAGUGCAGCGCGUCGUCCCGGUGUGUCAGCUGUACCGUCGUGCACCGCGGACGCACGCGUUAGAAACGAGCCGCCGGGUCGCCCGUCGACAGGGUCGCGCCGCCGCCAGCGAAGCGUCCGUGGCCUCGCCACGUCUGUGCGGAAACUCUGCGUCGGACUCGCCCUGCUGGCCGGUGCCGCUAGCUAGCGAGCUAGCGAGCUUAGCUAGGUUAGCUAGGUUAGCUAACCCCCCUCUCCUCCAGCGCGCUGCGUCGGGACGGAUCGGCGCGGGGAGAAAGCGGGCCUGCCCGGUGCUACCAGCGGGCUUUUGACGGGGGACUAUCUGCUCUACGGCGGCGGCGGCGGGUAACGGACCCUCUCCGGCUGGACGGGCCACGCACCGAGUCUGAUGGAUAACUUGAGUGAAGCCUUGGAGAAGCUGAAGCUGGCUUCUGCAGACAGCGCCACCGACAGCGUGGAGAGAUGUCUCGACUGCCUGCUCAAAGCGCUUGCCCACAACAAUAUGGAGGCCAGUGUGAAGAUCCAGGAGAUGGGCGUUCUUCUGCUGUUACCGGCACUGCUGAACCCCCAGUCCUCAUGCACCCCAAAAGUAGCCAACAUCAUAGCUGAGGUUGCCAAAAAUGAGUUCAUGCGAAGCCCUUGUGUGGAAGCCGGCCUCAUCCCUCCACUCGUACAGCUGCUAAGCUCGACGGACCAGGAGGUACUGCUGCAGACCGGCCGCGCCCUUGGCAACAUCUGUUAUGACAGCCAUGAGGGCAGGAGUGCAGUUGACCAGGCGGGAGGGGCUCAGAUAGUAGCUGAACACAUUAAGUCCCUCUCCCAAAAUACUGAGGCGGACAAUCAGAAGCUCUUGACUGUCUUUUGUGGCAUGCUGAUGAACUAUAGCAAUGAUAAUGACUCCUUGCAGGCCCAGCUGAUUAACAUGGGUGUGAUCCCGACCUUGGUGAAGCUGCUGGGUAUCCAUGCCCACAACACGGCCCUGACGGAGAUGUGCCUGAUAGCCUUUGGAAAUUUAGCUGAGCUUGAGUCCAGUAAAGAGCAGUUCGCCUCCACAAACAUUGCCGAGGAGCUGGUGCGUCUGUUCCAGAAGCAGUCGGAGCACGAAAAGAGGGAGAUGAUUUUUGAAGUCCUGGCUCCCCUUGCAGAGAACGAUAUGAUUAAGCUCCAGCUGGUGGAAGCUGGCCUGGUGGAGUGUCUUCUGGAGGUCGUGGCUCAGACCGUGGAUGGGGAGAGGGAGGAGGACGUAGCCCAACUCAAGACUGCGUCCGACUUGAUGGUGCUGCUACUGUUGGGAGAUGAGUCCAUGCAGAAGCUGUUUGAAGGUGGUAAGGGCAGCGUGUUUCAGAGGGUUCUGUCCUGGAUACCAUCUCAUAACCAUCAGCUGCAGCUGGCUGGGGCUCUGGCCAUCGCCAACUUUGCCCGCAAUGAUGGGAACUGCAUCCACAUGGUGGAUGCCGGUAUAGUGCAGAAGCUUCUGGAGCUGUUGGACAGGCACGUGGAAGAGGGCAACGUCACCGUUCAGCACGCAGCACUCAGUGCCCUGCGCAACCUGGCCAUACCUGUGGUAAACAAGUCAAAGAUGCUCGCGGCUGGCGUGUCGGACGUGGUGCUGAAGUUUCUGCAGUCGGAGAUGCCCCCGGUCCAGUUCAAGCUGCUCGGGACAUUACGUAUGCUCAUAGAUACACAAGCUGAAGCUGCAGACCAGCUGGGGACCAACGGGAAGCUGGUGGAAAGGUUGGUGGAGUGGUGUGAAGCCAAAGACCAUGCGGGGGUGAUGGGCGAGUCCAACAGGCUUCUUUCAGCCCUCAUCCGACACAGCAAGUCCAAGGAUGUUGUCCGAGCCGUCAUCCAAGGGGAAGGAGUCAAGUAUCUUGUCACCAUGGCUACCAGUGAGCACAUGAUCAUGCAGAAUGAAGCCCUGGUGGCACUGGGCCUCAUAGCAGCCCUGGAUCUUGUUGCAGCUGAGAAGGACUUCGUGGGAGCGGGCCUGGUGUCGGUGCUUCACAAGCUGCUGUCGGACGAGCGGAGCGCACCGGAAAUCAAAUAUAAUUCUAUGAUCCUCAUCUGUGCAGUGAUGGGCUCAGAGCCUCUGCUGAAGGAGGUGCAGGCCCUGGCCUUCAUCGACGUGGUGUCCAAGCUGAGGGCGCAUGAGAACAAGACGGUUUCACACCAGGCGUCGCUGACGGAGCAGCGGCUAACCGCCCAGAGCUAAAUGACUCUGACCAUGAACCCCCACCACCACCACCACCACAGACCCCUCAUCCACCCACCCACCCACCCACCCGACCGAAAGCCUGCCUAACACACACCGUCACCCCUUAUGACCGCUCCCCCCCUUCAUGUGCCAAGGUAUCAUGUUCCGUCAACUGCCACCCAGCCCUCCGACGGUCGCCCUGUUGCCCCGAGACCCCCCGUGCAUGACCCCCACCCCCACCCCACCCUGCUAUGACCAGCCGUGACAAACAAAGGCGCUGUAUGUAGACAGCCUAACGCAAUAGACGACCACUCUUUUACGACCAUAGCUGUGACGCCAUCCAUCCGUAGUCAUGUGUGAACAUGUGUACAACAAGAAGCGAAGAAGCCCUGUGGUGUGGAAACUGUUUCUCUCCUGAUCUGAACAACCUCAUCUUUGAUGUACCCAGUCGUGUCCCACAAAGUCUGAAACCGGUUUGGGGAGGGGGACAAGAAAAACCCACAUGCAUGUUUUAGUCCUGUUGAAGCCAUGUUAAUGAUCAUUCGAACCCGUUGCAAAGCCCACUGCAUCCUCUAGUCUCCAGACCGCCGUGGUUUUUGUUUUGCACCUGGACUUUGGGAGUUUUUAACCUGUUUUCCUUAAUUGUGUUGUUGCUCAGACACUCCCUUCUCUCCAACUCCCCCCUCUCUGACACCCCCUUCUCUCCAACUCCCCCCUCUCUCCAA